AUGACUUCGCGGGUUGAAAGUAAACGACCACCCCUCGACCUCGUUCUCAGCCUCCUUUCGACCAAAACGCCGGAUAGCACUGAUUAUCCACGACGUAACGACAACCCCAGUGCGCUCGCGUACGGACUCCCUGCCUCGUUGCCCGCCACCGACGAGGACAAACGACACUUUCGAACCCGUUUCUAUGGUGUGCUUGAUGUUCUCGCGAAAGCGAUCCUGACCGAACCAAAGCAGGUGUCCGCUGUUGCGGCCUCGUUGGCACCCCCCCUCCCUGGGUCGUCAGCCAGCAUCCACACCACUCUGUACAUUGCCCUUAACCCCGGAAUUGGACUACCGACCGCGGAGCAGAUCGAAACCCGUGUACGGACGAUCAUAAAGGAUCUGAAAAAGUAUUCCGAUGGCAUAAUGGAAUCUCAGUCCUCGUCCCCAGAGUUCAUCCAUGAACCUUGUUCUUUCGUCCGCUCGUUCUACGCCUACGGCCGGGAGAGGUUUCGGCAUUACUACAACAAGAGGGAACCACGCUUAAAGCAAGCAAUGCUCUUAUUCAACCGGUUCAAGGUCGAACACGCCGGGACUUGUGAGCCGAAGGAUCUCGAGCACCUGGACGCCACGCUUUUAUGGUUGGAGCGCCUAGGCCUCCUUUUCCGCUUGUCCGAUUGGACUCGGGUAGUCGUUCCCGCGGUCGGUCGAGAGAUCGAUAGGUUUACAGAGCUCCUCCAUGAAGGAGAUUUGGCGCCUAGCGGCCUGUUCCAGACGUACUAUCAUUUCGAGGUGUACCUGAAAUCGAAAGACAACUUCAUCCCUAUCAUUCGUUGGAUCAACAAGCUAUGCUCCUUCCACUUAUCAGCCCGAAAACUCUUGUCACUGGCCACGUCCGCCCGCUUCCGGGGAGUUCUGUUCGGGGAUUUGGACAUCGAGGUGUACCAUCAGGACUGGUCCGACUCCAAGAGGCAGGAAAUCGAAUGCAAUGACGCGAUCCUUCUAGAAACCGUUGCGUACCUCCGAGGCAAGUUCGACUCUUCGUCGCGAGAGGACCCGACGGUGGAUCGCAAGACCGUCAAGCGAUUGAAAGGUGAUCUAGAGAAGGAACGGGAUAGGUAUCUCAAUCCGCGCAGGAGCGUUCAUUGCGAGGUCUUCCUCCUGCGUCGCGUCCAAACUGCUGGCAUCGCCAUCCUACCUUACAUCGGAGUUUCGAAACUCUCAUGUGUCCCGUGCAGCGUUUACUUUGAACAUCUCGCCGAUGCUGGGUUCGAUUCGGUCUCCACGCGAGGAUCGCAUGGCAAAAUUUAUCCGGGGUGGACCUUUCUUGUACCUACCACAGCAUCGGGGGAUGCAGAGGAUAAGAGGAUGGAGGAACUACAUGAUAGGGUCAAGGCGCGCCUGGAAGACCUUUUGUGGCGGUAUAUUGAUGAAAUACGAAACCCGAGGAGCUCUGACAGUACUGUUGGUUCCGUCGAGAAAGGGAAGACUUUCAUGGAAGACCCCGGGAUGGAAGACUUCUUACGGCAGCUAGAUCGGGAAGAGCUUGCGGUUUUGGGGAUAUCGACACACAUCUGA